CCCUCCACUUCCGCUUGACCGCCUAAAACCGCGCCUGCGCACUUGGCCAUUUCCUCUCUGGGCUUGGACCUAAGUUGCGGCGUCAUGGCGAAACGCACCAAGAAGGUCGGAAUCGUGGGCAAAUACGGGACCCGUUAUGGUGCCUCCCUGAGGAAAAUGGUGAAGAAAAUUGAAAUCAGCCAGCACGCCAAGUACACUUGCUCCUUCUGUGGCAAGACCAAGAUGAAGAGACGAGCUGUGGGCAUUUGGCACUGUGGUUCCUGCAUGAAAACGGUAGCUGGUGGUGCGUGGACCUACAACACCACUUCUGCCGUCACAGUAAAGUCUGCCAUCAGAAGACUGAAGGAAUUGAAGGACCAGUAGAAGCGCCACCAUUUGAUACGUUGCUAGCCUAUAAUAAAAGGGUUAAUUUAUGUAACAAAAUUACUUUGGUUUGUUGUUAAUUCUAUUAGUUAGAUGUUCUUAUUUGCAUUGCAUUAACUUGCUUUCUAAGAAAGGACUUGGAUAUUAAAAUUCUUUUAAUUUUUGUUGGAAAAACAUGCUGAGAUGGGUUGUCAUAAUCCAGUUUUUUUUCAAUAGUCAAAUGAUACAUGACAAAAAUAUGAGCCUAAGUCUGUUCUUGCCAGUUAGAUUUCUUUGAGAUACAUUGGUUCAAAAAAUGCAAACUUUUAAAAUCACAGUUAACAUAUAUAUUUUAAUAUUUUGAAGGUAGGAUGACAUA